AUGGCCGCAUCGCCGGACGGGGACCCCGGCCAGCCCCCCGGUGGCGAUGGCGAGGGGCCACCGGCGCCGGGGCCCAGCGCGUUCGCCGCGGCAGCGCCGGGCGGCCGGUCCAACAACGAGAUCACCUUCGAAGUUUUCGUGAAGAACGCGAUCAUGAGGAUCCAGCGCGAGGCGUGGGGCCGCGGCAAGGAGGUCACGGAGAUCCGGGCGUCCUGCGCGUCGUUCCUCGAGCGGCUGGAGAAGGGCGGCGAGGACGGGGGCGGAUGGACGGUGCCGUUCGACGACGCGAGCGCAGCGGCGGUGCUUGAGCCUUUGAAGCUCGCCUGCAAAUGCGCCAUACCCAGGAUUGUCGAACCGGCCCUCGGGUGUGUGCACAAGCUGGUGGCCUACGCCUGGGUGCAGGGCGAGUCAUCACCAACUGGCCAUAUGGAUGAUGGUACUCUUGUAACAGAGAUCGUGGCCAUGGUUAUCAAAUGCUCUGAAUUGCCAAGCGAGCAAGUCUACCUGGCAGUAGUGAGGGCGCUGCUGACAUUCGCAACAGCUGAGCACUUUGUGGCGCAUGGGCAGUGUUUAUUGCUGGUGGUGAGAACAGUGUUCAAUCUGGCGGUUGGUGUGGAGGAUGCCAAUUUGAAGAGGACAUCAUGCAAUGCGCUGCUGCAGAUGCUGAAUACCACAGUGAAACGGAUUACUGUCACACAGUAUCAACUGCGAGGACAAGGCUCAGAUGCAAGCACUGUCUUUGCUGAGCCUGCCAGUGGCACGUCCCCGACUGCAUCCCCCAGGUCCCCAGUGGUGGGGAUUGAGAAGGCCAGGCUGCCCAUCAUCGAUGAAACCAAUGAUAAUGCCAGCCAGCAGCACCAGCCUGUGGAUGAGCGGAGCGAGCCAAAGGCUGUGUCAGGGGUGCAGAUGGAACGUACCACGAGCCUGACAGCCCAACUUGUGAACCUGGCUGAGCAGCAGGACAUCCAGGGCCUGGAAGCAGCCCUGAAGGACGUUGACCACAGGGAAACUGAGGCAGGUCCAGCAGAGGGUGGGGACGCGCCUGAGCUCCUUGCGCCCCAGGGUGUGCCAGAGGCUGCUCCUGAGUCGCCCAUGGCCAACUCUGCAAGGAGUGAGUACAUGCAGGGUUCCUUAAGGCGGCCCAAGGGGUGGGACAAGCUGACGGUGCUUGAGAGGGAUGUCCUGACAGUGUUGAUGGCAUUCUGCAAGAUGGCUUCAGUGGUUCCAGUCAGCGGCCCUGCGGAGGGCUUUGUUCGUCAGGGGAAGGUUCUUGCACUGGAGUUGCUUGUAAAGGUGUUUGAAAAUGCCAACCACAGGUGGGACAACGUGCGGCCUGACUACUGUGACCACCUGCGGCGGCCUCUCUGCAUGGUUUUGCUCAGAAACUGCAACACAUCUGAGGUCAAGGCGUUUCAGUUUGCUGUGCGACUGUACAUCUCGAUCAUCCUCCAGCGCCAGCUGCGUCUUUGGAUGAAGGCUGAGCUGGGUGCCUUUUAUCCCCUGCUGCUCCUAAGGCCCAUCGAGACUGGGCCAUUGGAGCCUGCCAUCUUGACUGUUGUCCUCACUGCUGUGAAGCGGCUCUGCAAGGAGCCACAGAUGCAGGUGGACCUGUAUAUCAAUUUCGACUGCGACAUGCACUCGAUUAAUUUGUACGAGCGCACUGCAAAGGCUUUGAGUCAAUUGGCUGAGUUUGGUGACCCCUUGGCAGCACCAGGGCAGAGUGCACUGGUGCGCGAUGCGGCUGCCGCUUGCGCGAUGGCCAUGGUGGCAAGCCUGGACGCAUGGGCAGGCCCCAUACGAGAUGCCACAGAAGCUGAUGGACUCCACCAGGAGGCUGAGAGGUCGGCCUCGCUGGACACGACACUGUGCAAGUCCGGCUCCUUCAAGCAGCUGGAAGCCUCAGAGGUGCACCACUUUGGUGCCGCUAAGGCCGCCAAGAACCAGGUCUCUGUGGGCAUCGAGUUGUUCAACCGGAACCCAAUCAAGGGGAUCGCAUCCCUUGUGGCUGCUGGGAUCGUGCAAAACAAAGCAACACACCUUGCCAGGUUCAUCCGCAAGAAUCGUGACCAGCUGGAUGAAACCCAAAUGGGAGAGUACUUUGGCCACCACGACUCGAUGCCCAUUGCGGUGAUGCAUGCGUACAUCGAUGGGGAGCAGUACAAGUCCCUGACCAUCGACGCAGCCCUGAGGAAGCUGCUGGCUGGAUUCAGGCUGCCGGGGGAGGCGCAGAAAAUCGACAGAAUCAUGGAGAAGUUUGCGGCAAGAUAUGUGGAGGAGAACCCAGGCAAGUUUCGCAGUGCUGACGAUGCAUACAUGCUGGCGUUUGCGACGAUCAUGUUGACCACCGAUGCACACAACCCCAUGGCGGACAAGAAGCUGACCAAGGAGGUGUUUGUGUCGAUGAACACGAAGGAGGUGCCUGGCGAGGGUGCGGUCAUGUUCCUACCUGAGGAGGAGCUGGAGGGCAUCUAUGACCGCAUAGUGGCCAAUGAAAUCCGCACCCGGAACUCGAAGCCCAGCAAGAAGCGACAGGCUGAGGUGGCUGCUGUUCACAAGAGGCUGGCAUCGGCUAUGGGUCUGACACAGCUAUCUGUACCCUUCAGGUCGGGCACAAUAUGGGACAAACAGCACGCUGCACAGGUGCAGCAGUUGCGUCUGAUAGAGGAAACAAAGCGCAUGGUGGCGUCCGGUGUGACGCGCGGUGAUGUCUGGUACACGGGCUCUCACGCCGAGCAUGCCAGACCCAUGUUGGAGGCUGUGGGCUCACACCUGCUUCGCUCCCUGGCAGCAGCACUCGUCAGCGCGGGCGACAUGGACGCAGCCAUCAGGACUAUAAAGUCUUUGGUGGUGUGCAUCAGGCUCGCAGCUCUAUUCAGCUUGGACGUGUUGUGUGGCCAGUUCGUUGGGGCAUUGGCACAGGCAACUGGGGUGCAGAACAAGAAGGCGCUUUUGCGAGCAAAUCCCCAUUGCCAGGUGUUGACCUUGCGUGCUCUGGUGAGCCUGGGCACCAGCGACGAGGCCGGCCUGUUGGGAGGCAGCUGGACCAUCAUCCUACGUACCCUCUCUGCGGUGGAGGCCCUUGUGUCUGAGAUGCGGCGCUCCCCACAGGACUCAGCAAAAGGCCAUGCCCCCUCUAAGAGCUUCAAGCUUGGCAAGCUGGAGCUGGACUUUUCAGGCCUGGACUGGCAGAAGGCUGGGUCUGGGGGCAGCAUCGGAAGGUUCUUGUCCGGACUAGGGUUCGGGGACAAAAACAAGGCUGGGGGGGAGGGUAAGAAGCAAGGGAAUGGGAAAGGAGACUCCGCCUUGGGCAGUGCACGAGGUCACUCAAGAUCCCAUUCUGUGGGCACAGCUGUACGUCUGUGGGCUGACGGAGAGGGAGGUGCCGAAACGGACCAUGUGUAUGUAGCCAGCAGCAACUUGAAUGGCGAUGCUGUGCUGGUCUUCACACGAGCACUCUGCGCAGUCAGCCAAGAGGAACUUAACCCAGAAGAUGACUCACCCCCAAGGGUGUUCAGCCUCCGGAAGCUAGUGGAGUGCGCCUACUACAACCUGGGACGCAUCCGUCUUGUGUGGGGUCGCCUGUGGGCAGUCAUCUCUGCACAUCUUGUGGGCGCCGCGUGCCACCCUGACCAGACCGUGGCAAUGUAUGCAGUGGACUCCCUGCGCCAGCUUGUGGGGAAACUGUUGUCACGCUCGGAGCUGGCACACUUCACUCACCAAGGGGAGGCCCUGCGGCCCUUUGUGAUGGUGGAGAAGCACUGCAGCAGCGUGGCGGUCCGGGAGUUGACAGUGCAGUGUGUGGACCAGGCCAUGAACACGCACAGCAAGCGGCUGGGAUCAGGCUGGGCAGUAGGCAUGGAACUGCUGUGCUGCGCGGCCGAGGACCCUGCUGAAUCAGUAGUGCGGCAGGCAGUUGACACCAUAGGGUCGGUCGUGCAGCGCCACUGGGGGUGGUGGGGUGAGGGAUAUGACGUGAUGGCAGAGUGCAUCACAGCAACUUCAAGAGCGGCGCGCAACCCGUAUCACGCGGACUGCAGCUUGGCUGCCAUCCACCUAUUGGGAACCUGUGGAGAGGAGUUGGCCAAGCCGGUGGUGGCUGAGGAUGGCUCACCCACUCGUGCAUCAUCAGUGGACAUGGACGGCUCCCCAGAGAAUACCCCUCGCCUCUUCUGCCGCAGCAACAGCGCCCCCUCCCCAAUCCUGGACCUCCCGGGCUCACCCUCUCCACACCCGGAGGUGGGAUUCAGCAGCCCAAACGCUGCCUGGGCGCGCCUCUUUGAGGCCCUCGUGGAUGUGAUCACGCACGACAGCAGGCGGCGCUGCGCGGACCUAGCUGCAGAGGUGCUGUUUGGCUUGGCUGACGAGGCGACUAGCAGGGGCUGGGAGCUGGACACAUGGCAGGCGUUCUUCAGGGAUGCGGUGUGUGGAGUGUUUGACAUGAACGAGGAGCGUUACAGCAUUCCAGGGGGCAUCGACCGUCUGCUGUCCUACUCUGCCAAAUACCUGCCAACACUGUGGCUGGCUCUCAGCAGUCAAUACGCUAAAAUAGGGCCGUUCCUGCUGCCCCACUUCCUCGACUUGUUUGUCGGAUGGAUGGCGCAGUCACUGCAGGCAGUUGCAGUCGGGGGGGUGGCGCUACUGCAGUCCCUAAUCGAUUGCACGGCCAGCGUGCUGGACCCUGCGGGAUGGACAGUUGUGGUGGCCACUUUGAAGGAGGCCUGGCGGCAGUGCGUGUGCUCUGGAGAUCCGCGCGACUUGCCAAAGAACGGCGCAGUGGAUGACGUGGUGCCAUUUCUGGCUUGGCUGGAGGGACCCGAAGGCCCCAUGGCCCUACCCGCGCUGAGGUCGCGCUGCCAGGUCCUGCUGCUCUUCCAGCGCCUGGUGCACGGCGUCUUCAGCCAGCACGCCGCCUGCCUGUCCUCCCGCCUGCAGCUGGACCUGCUGGACGUGCUCCUGGAGACGGUGCGCCAGGCCACGGCGGCCAACCGGGACGCCGUGUUCCUGCAGCUGCUGGGCGACUACGUGGCGCUGCAGCAAGCCGGGACCAACCGGCUGUCUCAGGUGGCCUCAGAGACCCUGGAGUCGGACGAGGAGCCAGAAGAGCUGGGCACAGACCGCACCGAGGGCUGGCAGCGCACACCGGACAGGGGCGAGAUCGAGAAGGGCAUGCGAGCAGACGCGGCGGCGGACACGCUCAACAGGCCCCCUGCCACAGACGCCAAGGACGCCGUGGCCGCAAACCCAUCAGGAACGACUCCGGAUGCGGUGGGGGGUGACGUCCAGCCUGCGGCUCUCCAGGAGGCCAAGGGGAUUGCAUCAACAGGUCCCGACGCAGUGGAUCGGGGUGAAGCGCAGUGCGAUAAUCAGCAAAUCGAUUAUCAACAAAAAGGCGAUAAUCAACAAAUUGCUGACAAUCUGGAGAUCGUUGGCAAUCAACAAAUCAGCGAUAAUCAACAAAUCGUUGGUAUUCAACUAAUCGAAGGCAAAGCUGACUCUGGCAAAGUUGAUUCUCCAGCUGGCGAAAUGCCUGGUGGGAUUCUAGGCAAAGGGGAAGUCUUGCCAACUGUUGCAAACUGGGAAGAUGGGGACGAGGAAGAGGAGGCGAUCCCGGUGAGCACAGGCUUGGUUGUGAUGGGCGAUGAUGCAUCGAUGGAUGACGUCAUGGACGAAGCAGAAGCUGACGUCACAGAAAGUGCGGGAAGCUGUGGGCGUGGUGGCGAGCCCACCAUGCCCAGGAGCCCACUGGCAGAGGAGCCCGAUCGACCGGCGCAGCAGGCAGGGACGUCUGGAGCUGAUGGGGCAGUGCCUGAGGUUGAUGGGUCAGUUGGUGAUGAUGAUGGGUCGGUUGUGGGAUUGGAGGGGCCUGGGGGUGGCAGUGUGGAUUCAGCGGACUCAGAAGACUGGUGGAGUGGGCUGCCGGAGCUGAUGAUGAGGAUGCCGGACACGGGGGAGUCCGUGUUCCGGGGACUGCUGCGGCUGGAGGCGGAGGGCGGCAGCCUGGCUAUUAGUGCGCUGCAGGACUGCCUUGUGCAGGGAAACAAGGAUGCCGCAGAGUCCCGUCUGCUGGAUUUCUGCAAGGGCCUCAUCACACAGGCCGCCGAGGAAGCUGCAGCCGCUUCGCGGGGCGCACACUCAUCGGAGGGUCCUGUCUUGGCGGCGGCGGUGCCGCUGCGGCCCCAGUGGGAGCAGGCCGUCAGAGCGCCACUCGUGGCCAAGGCACUGGAAGCGUACAGGAGCACCCGCAGUGAGCAGCUGCUCGUGCAGCUUCGAGACUUGUUCCCCCAUCUGGCCGGCCUGGUCUGCAGCAGGCAGAUGUCGGUUCGCCGCGCCCUGGGGGCCCUCUUCACCGACCAGCUGCCGGGGCUGCUGUUCCAGGGCGACAGGUAG